UGGCUUAUGUGUAAGCUUGUGUAGCCACAUAGACUCCCAGCAGAGGACGCAACUAUACUUUCAGAACCGUGGUGUUUCGCGUACUUCGGCUCUCUCGCUCUUUCUGUCCGCAGCGUCGGUCGGACUCUCCUCUCUUUUCUUCUGUUCUCUACUUGGCAUCGCAUUCCCCUCCAUCUCUGCUCGGAGUAGGCGAGACGGCUCCGCCAGGCUACCAUCCAUACCACAGCGACAACACCUGCCCAGGACGGAAUCUCCUAAAGAAUAAACGAUUGACUCAGGGACAGAAGCUACGAGUUUCCAGACACUUCCCAGCACACUGUAAAACCAUUCCAUCGAGUAACGUCAUCAAAAUAUUCUACCCAGCAAGGUCAAUGUCAAACUAAGGUCACGUAAGACAGCAAGGAGUAAAACGAGAAAACUUAAAUGAUCUGAGAUGAAAUCCCAUUUGCCAUUUUCCCUAGUUGAAACAAAGUCCAGAAUGCACCCUGAGUGGAAAAGGAAGUAAAAGGAAAGAGAUUAACAGAGGACACCAAUAAUUGUAUUCAUGGCAACAGGACCCGAGAGGUGUCUCUGAGAUUGCCUGAAGGCCCCCUCUUCUACUAUGAGUGUCCCAGCUAAUCUCCAGAGUAUGUCUGUCAAUGGUCGAGAGAUGAAAAACAACAACAAAUCACAGCCCCCCCCCACCCGUCCUAUUGGAGAUGCCAAUGCUAACCAGCUAGCGCUAACGAGGGAGGAUGGGGAAGGGACGAGGGAGGUGUUGGUCGAGACCCAAGGCCACGUGGCGUCCAGCCCUCUACUCCCCCUGGUGGCCCAGAGGGAAGCCCAGGACAAGCUCAUGAUUUGGGAUAGGGAGAAGCAAAGUGUGGGCCGUGACCUACGCCAUUUCGAACUGCUAGACUGCUGUGAGAUACACAAUUGCCAUGAAGAUGGAGAGGAGGAAAAGGAGGAUGGAGGAGAGGAUUCAAAUGGAGGAGGAGAUGAUGGUUUAAUGUCCAUGUCUUCCAGCUCAACAGCAAGCUCUGUUUCUGCUUACAGGAAUGAUAACGACAGCAAUGGCAAAGAUGGAGAAAUAGACCAGGAGAGAGGAAUGGACAGAGCAAGAGAGACAGAGGUAGAAAAAGGAGAAGAGAGGGAGAAAAUCGGAGGGAAUGAGAGAGAUGUGCUUCUUCGUAGUUCAGAGGACCUGGAUGAUGGCAACCCAGGGUCAGAAGGAGGGAAAGAGAGAACGAGUGGAGAGCAGAGGAAGAAGGUUGAUAGAAUCAUAGACCAUCUGAAAGAGGCACAGUGUCUCUCUGAAAACAAGGUUUCUGACACAAGUCUCUCCAUGUCUGCUGUGUCCCCUUUCUGUGUCAGUCUGGACAAAGCUCUGGACCCUCUCUCUUGUACACUUCUCCCCAACUUUAACCCCAACCCUAACCUUGACCCCAACCACAACCGCAAACCCAUGGCUAACUCUUACGUCACUACCUCAGCCCUAAACCCAGGUCGGUUCAAGAAAAGGGCUCCCCUUGUUGACCAGAACAGGAACUCAUCAGCAGCAGCACAGUCUCAGGAAACUCCGGACUCUGAAGUACAUCAAUACCAGCGGUCAGCGGACCAGGGAGUACAUAAUCAGAACCAGGAGACACCUACCCCGUCACUCGAACUGUUGGGGGGUCAAAGUACAACACAGGAGCAGGGGUCCAAUCAGGAUAUUGUUACUCAAAGACAGGAGUUGAGGUAUUCCCAGGGAAGCAUACAUUUCUCCUCAGAUAGAAGGAUGGGUCAAAAGAAGAUGGACGGAGAGAAGGUCCUUCCUCUUCCACGCAGACAACAGCUAGUGCGACCUCUCUGUCAGUCGGAGCCUGGAAAAGGGAGGGCCGUAGCUGAGCCAAACACAUGGAGGCACUCCUCCCCCUCCCAGUCUUCAGAUGCAGAUCCUAUGGUCAUGGACUUGGGUCAUGGCGGGGUCAAUGAUGGGCACACUCAAGAGAUUCUAGAGAUUAAAAGUGCAAGGGUCAACAAUAGCAAUUAUUCCCACAACCUCUCCAACUCUCAGCCAAGCUCCAGCCCAGGAGAUUUCCAACCCAGCCAGGCCAGUCGUCCAGCACUGAGAGAAGCCAGAUCCCUGGGUAGACAAGUGAGCAGUGUGGGACGUAAUUCCAGCCCCACCAGCCCCACCAGCCCCAGCUCCAGUCUGGAGAGGAGACGCCAGUACAAGGCCCAGUCCCAGUUUACGUACUGUAGGUCUGCCUGCUCUAGUCCCAACCGCCACGGGGCUACCCCUACCACUCAAUCACACACACCCCCUCCCUCUCCACUCCGAACCCCACAGGGGUCACCGUGGAGACAGCAACAACAGCAGCAGCUCAUGUCUCCAUCGAGGAUCAUCACAGGUACAGCCAGGUACCCUCAGGGCUGUGGCAGUAGUGGGCUCCGACCACCGCUCAAAUCUAACCUCACAUCUGGAAUACCUAAACCCCCUCUCCACCAUCAACCGGCACUAAACCCAGGUACCACUGACAGGUCCCCUCCUCCCAAGUGCCCCCCGAAGCCUAAAGGUGUACGGCCCAAGAUCAUUACCUACGUCCGAAAGGGCCCUCAACUCAAACCCCAGGCCUCCGAUGGGCCAUACCAGGUCUCCACCCUGCCUUCCAGGCUAUCGGCCUACACGCACACACACUCCCCGCGCCCCGCAAUACAUCCCGCUACCACACCCACACCCCGGACAUGCUCCUCAAGCCCCGACACACACACCAAUGUGAAGUCUUGUGUUGUAGCAGAGUCCAGAAACCCUCCAGUGCUGAGUGCCUCCAACCUGCUCUACGACAAAUACCGUCAGGAGAUGCAGAGGAACCGUCUGCUCAGUUCUGGGCCGAUGGGGCCAGGAUUACGGCCACCUGGACACACACACACUCUCCCCCCGACACACACACACUCUCCCCCCGACCAACACUCUGGAACCAAUGCACAAACUCACAGCUGCACAGCCCCUCCGAAGCUGGCCAGCAAGGCAGAGAGCGUCUGUGGACCGCCGGUGGACAAGUUUCUGCUGACAGAGAAGGGCAGAAAACUGGGCAGCCCCAGCCGUGAGGAACCCACAAGCUCCAGAAUGGUGUCCCAGGCUGCUGACGCAUACAGCAGUUGCAGUCUGCUCCGCUCCAGCAGAGGGCUGCGGCCACAACUGGGGUUGGGAGCCGUUGCCCGGGGAAACCCUGGGUCUGGUGUUGUCACAGCAACCAAGAGCCAGAUGAUGGUUCAGAGUCAGAGGUCAGCAUUAGGAUUUAGCCAACCGGUGCAGGCCGUCAGCCCAGCAACCAAUCAGAAUGGACAUGAAAUCACAGGCGGCUAUCGAAGGCCUUCCACCACUCCAUCCACGGCCUCUGCCCACACCUCCAGGACUCUGCUUCCUAAGUCCGGCCAGACUGGCCUGCGUGCCCCUGGGUUCAGUUCUGCCCGUCUUUCUCCUGGUUCCUCUGGAUUGCCUGGGCCUGGCCGUUUAGCUGGAUUCAGCUUUGUACGGACCUCCAGUGUUUCAUCAGUCUCCUCUCUUCAGUCUGUGGACAGCACCCAGUCAGAGCCUUGUCGACCAGGGCCCAGUGUGGGUGAUGACCCCCCCCACCACAGAGGGACCGACCCCCCCUCUACAGACCUCCAACGACCAGGAGGACCCCGAAACUAUAGCCCUCAUGGUCUCCAGCCCCCCUCUACCCCUGCCCUGCCUCGCAGAUACCUACCUGCCCAGCCCAGAGGCUCGCCAGUUGGUGUGAGGAAGGAGUUCCAGAGGAGUUCUGAGAUCACCAGGUCCCUCCCCUCCUCUCCCAAGAGGCUGGCUGUGGUUCCUCCUAAACCACAGUCCCCUGUCCUCUCCAGGCAGCGUCCAGCAGGGACAGUGCCCACCGGGUCUCCUCGCCGUGUCGCCCCCUUCAGGCCACAGCAGGAUCAGCAGGAGAACAUGCAGAAGGAGAAGGAGGAGGCGCAGAGGAAGGAAAGAGAGAGGGAGCAGGAGGAGAGAAAUAGAGAGCGGGAGAAGCAGAGAGAGGAGGUGCAGAGGUUGCAGAGUCGCUGUGAGGAGCAGGACGAGCAGCUGAGGAACCUGAGAAACGAACUGAAAGCAACCAACCUGGGACUACAAGCCUUCAUCAUCACUACCCAGCAUUACUGUCUGCAGAAUGAGAGUGCGGAAGAAAAAGAGAAAGACCUCUUUCUGGAGAUUCAUAGGAUCAAAGAGGAAGUGGCUUCUAACACCGCCGAAUGGCGAAGGCUGCAGAGGGACAAGGCGGAGCUGGAGGUGGGGUUUGAACGUGAAUUUCAGGAACUGCAGCUGCAGCAGGAGAAAGAGCUAGCAGCAGUGGAGGCGGAGCUGAGGGCGUGUAACUCGAAAGAGACACAACACCUGAGGGCGGAGCAUCAGGAAGAAGUGGAGGAGAUCAGGGCCCAGCAGCAGGAGCAGAUAGAGGAGCUGAUGGUGAACCAUGAGGUGGCUAUUCAGGAGCUGAGGGACAUGCACAACAUCACCAUGACAACGCUGCACGAGGAACACGCACGCACCAUGAGAGACCUGAGGAAGUCCUUUGAGCAGCAGAAGGCGAAUCUGGAAGAAAACUUUGAGAAACUCAGACUCUCUUUACAGGACCAAGUGGACACAUUGACGUUCCAGAAUCGCAGUCUGCGAGAUAAGGCUAAGCGCUUUGAGGAGGCCUUGAGGAAAAGCACAGAUGAAAAGAUACAGGAGGCCCUGGCCCCCUACCAGCACAUUGAGGAGGAUCUGAAGAGCUUAAAGGACGUUGUGGUGAUGAAGAACACACAGAUACACCAGCAGGAGAAGAAGAUCUCAGACCUAGAGAGAGUGCAGGCCCAGAAGAACGUGGUGUUGGAGGAACGGAUCCAUGUGCUGCAGCAACAAAACGAAGACCUAAUGGCACGGAUAGACAAUAACCUGGCACUAUCCAGACAGCUCUCAGAGGAGAACGCCAACCUCCAGGAAAACGUGGAGAAAGAGAGCAGUGAGAAGAAACGUCUGAGCCGGAACAACGAGGAGCUCCUCUGGCGCCUCCAGACCUCUCCUCUCUGCUCCCCUUGCUCCUCACCCCUCCAUCAAUCCUUUUCCACCUCCCCACUCCCUUCUUGCUCCCUUUUCUCAUCCUCCCCUGGGACAGGGGGAGGGCAGGGCAUCGACUACCCCAUUCCAUGCUGUGAAGGAUACCCUCCUCCCACGCCUACAUACUGCCACUCCCCGAGUCACAAAACCAAUCAGAAUCAGUCUCCAGGCCUGGCCACACCCACUCAUAGGGCGUUCUCCAACCAGAAUCAGUCUCCCGGGCCGGCUACGCCCACUCACAGAGAAUUCUCCAAUCAGAAUCAAUCUCAAGGACCGGCCAUGCCCACUCAUAGAGGAUUAUCCAAUCAGAAUCCGACAUUAGGACCGACAACGCCUACGCACCGAGCAUCACCCAGUCACUGUCACUCUCCUGCUCGGCUCAAUCCCCUAAUGAGAUGAGCUCUCUUUCUCUUGCUCUCUUUCUUCUUCUCUGUCUUUCUUCCUUUCUGUUCUCUGUCAAUCUCACCCUUCUUUUCCAUAUGAUAUGAUGGCAGCAUGUGUAUUACAAGAUUUUUGUGAUAGAUAAGAUGACGUUUUCUCCAGCUUCGAUGACUGAUUAAGGACAGAGGAGAACUCCACUAGCAUCUUGUUGGCUAACUCCACAAGCAUCUGAAUGGUUAACACCCCUAGCAUCCUGUUUGCUCUCCACUAGCAUCUCAAUAGUUAACUCCACUAGUAUCUUGUUGGCUAACUCCACCAGCAUCUCAAUGGUUAACUCCAUUAGCAUCUUUUUAGUCUACUUCACUAGCAUCUUGUCAGAGGUGUAAAAAGUACAAAGUAAAAGUACUUGGCUGGGUACAGCUGUGUUCACCACAUGUAGUUAAGACCUACAUUACCAGGUAAAGAGAGUUAACCAGUGGGUAAUACAAUAAAAAUGAAGAGUGAAAAAGAUCAGUUUAGGUCACUGGUUAUUUACGAACUACCUUUACCUGCUUAUUUAAGUCUUAAUUAGGAACUGGUGAACACAACUAAGUACUUUUACUUUGUACUUUUACAUCUCUGCAUCUUGUUGACUAACUCCACCAGCAUCUUAACGGUUAACUCCACUAGCAUUGUUUUGGCAAACUUCCCCAGCAUCUCAAUGGUUACCUCCACUAGCAUUGUUUUGGCUAACUCCACCAGCAUCUCAAUGGUUAACUCCACUUGCAUCUUGUUGGCUAACUCCACCAACAUCUUAAUGGUUAACUUCACUAGCAGUGUGUUGACUAAUGUCACUAGCAUUUUGUUGGCUAACUCCACAGGCAUCAUGUUAACUAUUUCCAGCAGCAUCUCCAAGGUUAACUCCACUAGCAGCGUGUUGACUAACGUCACUAGCAUUUUGUUGGCUCACUCUACAGGCAUCAUGUUGACUAUUUCCAGCAGCAUCUCAAAGGUUAACUCCACUAGCAGCAUGUUGCCUAACCCCACCAGCAUCUCAAUGGUUAACUCAAUUAGCAUCACAAUGCCGAACUCCACUAGCAUCCCAAUGGUUAGGGAAAAGCCAAAUGAAGCCCUCUGUCCUACGCUCCACUCUCGGCCCUCGAUUUUCACAUUCACACGUCUCCACCAUGUGCGCAAGUGGUCCAAAGGAGGGAGCUAAAAAUGGUCAUGGUUGCAGUGGCUAACUGGGCUCCUAAACCCCUUCCAGGAAUUGAGCAACACUGUGCUUUCCACGAGCAAAGUGGAAUCCCACAAGGCACUGCAUAAUUUUUUUGCUUGCACAAUGUCACACGAAGGAAUGGAUAGGCGUGCCUGAAUAUAUGACACCAGCAUUUGUUUAUUUUCAAGAUUUCAAGAGCUGACACAUAUUCAAAACAAUAUACCUCCUACGUAUAUGAAAAAUUAUGUUCAUUUCUUUGAAAAUGUUUUAUUAAUGAAUUGCAUCAUUCUGAAAUAGAUGCCUUUAUUAAAAUUAGGACAUGGAUCUGGAUUGGGAUUUCGAGGUUAACUCCACUAGCAUUUUGAUUGUUACCUCCACUAGCAUCUUCAUGGCUUACUCUACUUGCAUCUUCAUGGUUGACUCAAAUAGCAUCAAGAUAGCUAACUGUACUAGCAUCUCCAAAAUGAAUAAUGUAUGUCACCAUUCAACACCAAAACACUAAAGAAUGCUGGAGACAUCUCUUUCUUUAGGCAUCCCAUUUUUGCCCUGGAUUUGUAGCACAUUGACUUGCUACUAUUUGGCUGGAUCCCACAACCUCACAUUGUUAUACAAAUGCAGAAUGUUAGGAUAUAGUGCAACGAACCAUGGGCAGUGAAAUGUAGACUCAUGAAAUGUAGAUUGUAGAAUGCACCUCUGAAACGGAAUUACAAUUUCAAAUGAAGACCAACUGAUCUGAACUGAAUUCCACUCUUUUUGUAUUUUACAUGGAACUGAUAGGCCUCUUAUUACAGUGAAGACAGUGAAUGGAAAAGGAGAGAAACAAACUGACAAAUAGACAAGGAGUACCCCCAGAUGGAAAUGUGAGAUCUCUGCUCAGUUAUCAGGGGUGGUCUGGGACCAGAAAUCAGCCAAGGCUUUUCUACACCGGCCCAUGCCCUGUUCAUCUUAACUCCCAGGAACAUUUCUGUUCAAGCACUGACAAAAAAACAUAUGGAACCAGGGAUCCAAAAGAAAUCAAACAUUAGCUGGAUUCUCCCAAACGCCUUAGAGUCCAGGUUUUCGUUUUCUGAAAGACCACUAACCAGCAAAUAAUGUUCAACAGUCUUCAGAUGCUACAAUUUUACAGACAAUUUUUAACAUUGAUUGAUGUUUGUUAAACUGUUUAAUAUAUGUGCCGGCCUGAGACGCUCCACAGUUUCUGUUUUACCAGCAACAACACAAUAACAGAAGUGCUUCCAAUGCAGACUGAAUCCAAUUUCGCUAGUCUUCCAAUCUCUUACUCUACAUGUACUUCUGCAUUGGGGAUUUAGAUGUAUCUCCUAGUCUCUGAAUCAGGAUCAGAUAAUAAGCACAUUACUCUGCUCAGAGAAUGCCUGGAAUUGGCAUGUAAACAUCAGCUAAGAUACAUAAGUUACAGCAAUAUGACAGUCAAUGGCAAAGUGGAUGGCAUGGUUUAUAACCACUGACGGAUGCACACAAUGUCUGAGCUGGGUAACAUGACUGUCAGCUAUGUUUAGGAGCAUCAGCAGCAAAUUCAACUUACUGAUCUACAAAUAACAGUUUGUUAUUUAUGAUGUGAGGUGAUUUGUCGAUCAGUCAGUCCGCAAAGGACUGCAUUUUGCUGACGCAAUGGUUUGGUUCUAGAGUUAAUCUGAUCCUAGAUACUUGGUUAACGGCAACAUUGAGCUCUUGUACUCUGGGUAUCUCUCAGGUUGACUUGCACACAAAAAAUCCGUCUAUUGGUACUGUCAGAUACAGAGGGAACCCUUUUCUUACUCUCUGUAAUCAACAAGUACACUGUACAGGUGGCUCUCAUUCACCACUCUAGUCCUAAAAUGGCACCCUGCGUCCUUCAUGGGACACUAUUACGUUCAACUGUGGUUGAGUGAAGUUCACUACAUUGUAUACAAUGUGCCAUUUGGGAAUCAGUUGCUGGAAUGUUUCAAAAUACCGACCACAGGAAUUGUCGUUGUGAUUGUUGAUGUCGUUUUGUAAAAGUGAUAUUUGUAAACUUAUUUAUUGGAUCUUUUUACACUUUAUCUACUUCAACAAGCAUGUUAUUUACUGUGACAUUGUUCCAUUCUCUACCUCUCUCUGUUUUUAGCAGGUGUCCGGGUUCUUCCACAUUCUACUUCCCAGGUUAUCCUGAAAUCCUUAAAAGUAAAGGUUUCCUGGAAUACGAAGGAAUUUGUUCAACAAGUAAUGCUGGGUGAACUACUGUCAUCCCUUAGUGAAUAUUUUAACAUUGUGCCAAUUUUUUAACCGAAACAUUUUCUAAUCCAGGCAAACUCAAAAUUUCUAAGAGCAUGAAGCACCGUUUUGUAAGAAUAAGACAAGUUUUCUGUUAAUGCUUUGUCAAUAGUUAUCUUAAGUGUGUAGACAAAACAGGAGAAUCUUUUCUGAAAAAUAGUGAAAAAGGGAUAUGCCCUCAGAGCCUGUUUCAAAACUUUAUUGUUCAAGCUUUUCCCUUUGGAUGAAUUGGAGGAUUCGGCCCAUACCUAUUUUACCUAGAUAUAGCUAUAAUAGUGAGGACUGUAGUAUGGACUGUGUACAUAGAUUUGUAUACUAUAGUGUAGAUAAAGAGAUACUGGGGGUGUUUAUCAACCCCACUGAUCAGGUUUCUUCUUGUGCUGCCAGUGCUAGUUUAGACCCUUGUGUUACUAGAGAACACCAUGUUUACUUUCUUCUGCAGUGAGGAAGAAAUGGAUUGUCUUCCUCGUGACAUGGGUGACACUGUGUUCACAGAAUUGGAAAUAAGAAGCAUUAGGAUAUCUCUGGACCACAUGACAUAUGAUAGUUAACCUGGUUUGGAUGUCUCUAGACCACGACUUAUGACAGUUAACCUGGUUAGGAUGUCUCUAGACCACAAUUUAUGACAGUGAACCUGGUUAGGAUGUUUUCUAGACCACAACUUAUGACAGUGAACAUGGUUAGGAUGUCUCUAGACCACGACUUAUGACAGUGAACCUGUUAAGGAUGUUUUCUAGACCACAACUUAUGACAGUGAACCUGGUUAGGAUGUCUCUAGACCACGACUUAUGACAGUGAACCUGGUUAGGAUGUCUCUAGACCACGACUUAUGACAGUGAACCUGUUAAGGAUGUUUUCUAGACCACAACUUAUGACAGUGAACCUGGUUAGGAUGUCUCUAGACCACGACUUAUGACAGUGAACCUGUUAAGGAUGUUUUCUAGACCACAACUUAUGACAGUGAACCUGUUAAGGAUGUUUUCUAGACCACAACUUAUGACAGUGAACCAGGUUAGGAUGUCUCUAGACCACGACUUAUGACAGUGAACCUGUUUAGGAUGUCUCUAGACCACAUUACCUAAUGAUAGUUAACCUGGUUAGGAUGCCUCUAGGAUUGACCCAAAUAACAUACAGAGUAAACCAGGUUAGGCUGUCUCUAGACCCACAUGCAGCUGUGGAACUGACUCUAAGCCCUGAGGGGUCGGGUUGCUCUCGUGGGCCCCAGCCACCACCUCUCAGGCCUACAACUGCGGGGUCCUCGACCUCCAGGUAGUCCGCAGCAGAGAUAUAACACUUUAUUUUUUGCCAGAUUAUCAUAGUUAAAAGCAUACUGUAAGCUCACUCCACAAAGGACAACACACAUCAAUCUUAACGCAGCGUCUUAAAGCUCCUCAGGUAGUCAAAACCAUGGAUAGCAAUGCCCAUCAACCAUUCAUCGCCGGAAGCACCUAAAGCACCUGUUAGGCACACAAAUAGACGUAGAUUCAUAGAUGUUCAUGUGAACAAGACAGCGUGUAAGAAACAGUUUAAGCACAACACAGAACGUAGGCUAUACUUUCUUCCCUCCGUGCUGAUAGGUGAUGGUCAAGAGGGCCUGUAAUAACAUUGACUUAUUUCCACUAAAUAAAGACCUAUUAAUAAAGAACAAAAGACAAUUCACUCACCAGGUUGUCUCUGCUCAGCCGAUUUAGCCAUGUUGUAUUGUAAUGUUAUACAUUUAUUAAUUCCGUGCACUCCAUAGAACAAAGUAAAAUCCCCAAAAGUUGACAAAUAAACUAUUUACAAAUCAAGGUCCCAAUUUAAAAUGGCAUCUUCCUCUGCUUCAUGUGGGCAAACCUGCCAACCACUUUGGCUUUGUAAAUGUCACGCUCGAUACAAAGCAAAGUGAGUCUGGAUUGCUAGGCCUCAUCCAUACAUGCACGUAAAUUGCUCUUGAUGUGUUUCAGCCAGCUGAAAACUCACUCGGCACUGGCAAUGCUGAUGUGGAUGGGUUUGUAUAUUCUAUGUAGAAUCGUAAGUAAAGAAAAAACAAAGUAGUAAGUGGAACACUGGAUAUACCCCAUCGCCCUGGUGUCUGUACCCAUCACCCCCGUGUCUAUACCGAUCACCCUCGUGUCUGUACCCAUCACCCCUGUGUCUACACCAAUCAUCCCUGUAUAUAUACCCCAUCGCCCUGGUGUCUAUACCCAUACUCUCGUGUCCGUACCCAUGACCCCUGUGUCUAUACCCAUCACCCUUGUGUCUGUACCAAUCACCCUCGUGUCUGUACCCAUCACCCCUGUGUCUGUACCCAUCACCCCUGUGUCUAUACCCAUCACCCCCGUGUCUGUACCCAUCACCCCCGUGUCUGUACCCAUCACCCCCGUGUCUGUACCCAUCACCCCCGUGCCUAUACCCCAUCACUCCUGUGUCUGUACCCAUCACCCCUGUGUCUGUACCCAUCACCCCUGUGUCUUUACCCAUGACCCCCGUGUCUAAACUCAUCACCCCCGUGCCUAUGCCCCAUCCCACCUAUGCUAUUUCCGCUUCUGUCUACAUGACUUAUGACAGUUAACCUUGUUUGGAUGUCUCUAGACCACAAUACAUACAUUUAACCAGGUUAGGAUGUCUCUAGGCCUACAUGACAUAUGCAGUAAACCAGCUUAGGAUGCCUCUAGUCCCACAUGACAUAUACGGUAAACCAGGUUAAGAUGUCUCUAGACCCACAUGUCAUAUACAAUAAAACAGGUUAGCAUUUCUCUGCUAUAGACAGUAGUUCCAUUGUUUUGAAGGCUUCCAAAUUCUAGUGUAUAUUAUUUUUCAGGCACUUUUUCUGUGUUUAGUAUCAGUCUCUUAUACUACCCUGACUGACACAACCUACGAGACUCGCUGGUCUGGACAAGAGCCUACCUACUAACCGCAAUAAUGUUUUGAUUGGUUCUUAUUUACAAGUUACUUGCUUAUCUUCCUCAUCAGUUCUCUACACCACAUAUUUUGGAAUUAACAGUGGGACGGUGCUUUAGUAAAGCAUUGACCGCAAUUUCUUCAAUUUUAAAUGGGGAUAUCCAACCAGCGGUGCGCAUUGCCUUCAUUAUCAAUGGCUAGAUUAUAUGAAUUAAAAAGACAAUGAUGAGGAUUUUUACUCUGUAACCCUUUGGACUCCUACACAAAGAAGCUGAUCUGACACCGGGUCAAUACGAUGUCACAAGUACCCCUUCCAAUAUGCACACUGUCUUUCCAUACUUGCUGAUAUCUAUGAAUUGUUCUCAACUAGGCCUGCUCUAAGAAUGUUUAUGUCAGUCAGUCAAAUAUGCUAAAGGUUAACUGUCCUGAACAGAAAAUAUAUACACAACAUGUAAUGUUGGUCCACUAUUUCAAGGGUUGAAAUAGAAGAUCGCAAAAUGUUUUCACACACAUAGAAAGUUCUCUCAGAUUUUGAAUGCAAAUUUGUUUAAAUCCCAGUUAGUCUGCAUUUCCCUUUUCCUUUCAAAUGUUUGCAUGUUGUUUUUAUAUUUGGUCAGUAUGUUUGUUAAAACUUUUUAAUACUCUUUCAUGUAUUUUGGGGUGGAAUGUGUUGAUACUAAUGCCUCUACAGUAAUAUUACUACUGUGGAUAUGGGUGGUUUACUGUACAAAUCAAUUGUAAAAUUAUGUGAUUGCUCUUUCUGUGUAAUAGUACAGGAUGCAAAAAUCAAAGAAUGUAUUUGUAAUGUAUAGAAAAGAUUUUCAAGAAAAGUUAGCUAAUUUUAAACUUUAAAACAUAAAAUCUUGAAACCCCAGCACUGAUAUGAAUUGUUAGCAAAACAGCCAGCUGCAAAAAUGUAGUAAAAUGAACUGGUGCUUUUUUUCAAAUGGUAUAGCAUAAGCUAUCUGUGUUUAUAAGUGAUGGCACUAUGAUCAUUUAGACCUUGCCAUGUUUCCAGUCUUUUAAUUAAAGGUCCUCUGGUUUUGUAAAUCUGUACAUCUUUUAAAAGGUCCUCUGAUUCUCUAACUCUUAAGGCUUUGAUUAUUCUCUGUCAACUUGUUAAGGCUUUUAUUAAUUCCAAACUGCCUUAGCAAUGUUAGCACAGUGUCUUCAAUUGCAUAAUCCAUACACUUAUUUAGAAAAAUCAAAGCUUACUUAAAAGGGGGGGGUCACCAUAUUUUCAGUUGCUGUAUGUUUUCACCCAAGACCAGUUUGUGAUUCAACCAGGAGCUACUGCCUAAAUACUGUUAUGUGGCUUUAAAUGAAUAGAGCUCUACAAUUUUAAACCUGGAGAGUGAACAGGUGUUUUAUGACAUGUCAAUUUGUCUUUUACCUGUUGUUUUACUCCAACUCUGUAUAUUUGAGUGUAAAUACAUUCACUACAUGAGUCGGUUGGUGUCUUAGCACACAACUUAACAGCAGCAUGUUUUUGUCAUAGCUGGGCCCUUUCCUCCCACCUUCUAUUGUUCCUUUUUCUUCUCUACCCUCUUUGCAUUGUAAUGGUAUUAAGUGUUGUAUUAGUAUACCCACUAGCUGCAACUGAGGCAGUGGCUACUCCUUCUGGAAAUAGUCAUCUGACAUUUUAGAGUAGAAAGGACUGGAAACCAACAUGGAAUGGAAUACAGAACAUGCACAGUAGGUUCACAGUAUGUCAAAUGAUAAACACAUUUGUAAACUGUACGUCAAUGCCUGUAUUAGCACUUUUUCCUGGAAGAUUAAGGUAUUAAAAAUGACUAUAAAAUGUGA